GCGGUUCCGGCGCAUGCGCAGAGCAGUCGCAGAGAGGAAGCGCGACAGAGCAGUAACAACGGACGAGCUGCGGCUGAUAUCCCCUGACACAAUUAUGUCUGUCUCGCCACCGCCAGUUUCUCUCAGGUAUCCGUUUACCGGAGCCUGAAUGGCGUUGGUAACUGUGCAGCGGUCGCCUACUCCAAGCGCAACCUCUAGCCCGUGCGUUUCGGAGUCUGGCAGUGGGGAAGAUGACCGCCGAUCUCAGCCCAGAAGCAUCAGUGAAAGCUUCCUAACAGUAAAAGGUGCUGCCCUUUUCCUUCCACGUGGGAAUGGCUCCUCUUCCUCCUCCUGCUCCUCCAGAAUCACAGCACAGCGCAGCAAACAUGCAGGGGACCUUCAGCAGCACCUGCAGACAAUGUUCACAUUACUGCGGCCAGAGGACAACAUCCGUCUGGCUGUGCGGUUGGAGAGCGCUUUUCCACAGUGCACCCGUUACAUGGUGGUGGUCUCCGCUAAUGGCAGACAGGACACAGAAGAGAGUGUGGUGCUGGGCAUGGACUUCAACCCCUCCGACAGUUCCUGUUCCAUAGGGAUGGUGCUUCCUUUGUGGACUGACACACGGAUCCACCUGGAUGGUGACGGGGGUUUCAGUGUGUCUACAGAUAACAAGAUACACGUAUUCAAGCCUGUAUCAGUCCAAGCCAUGUGGUGGUUAAGAUUUGUUUACCCAACCUUUCCUUUUCUCCAUACUAGCAAACAGAGACACAAUAAAUUGUGGCGUUCCCACUCGGAUAGUGAUCUGUCAGAGCACCAUGAGCCACUCUGUAAAGCCACUGCUGCACAGUCUCUCGGACGCUCCAAUUCCCGCAACCAGACCUUCAGCCAGACGUCACCCUCAUUGCAGGAUUUCCUGCAAACUCUCACACCCACCUCAGCCAGUGCUACUGAAGCUAAGGAGCGGACCAAGUCUAAAACGACAUCCUGGCCAGAUACCCACAUUUACAAUGGCCUGGGGAACCCAGAUGACAACCUCCAUGAACCCACAGAGAUGCCUUCCCUCCCCAGACCCAGGGCUGCCACUGUGGUCCCAGAAGCCAGAUCCGAUGUCACCUCCAUGACUAUUGCAGAGACUGUUCCAUUGGGUCGUCCUCAUUCACCCGCCGCUGUACAUAACCCACCCUCAUCCCCUAGGCUUCUCUCAGAUGCAAAGGCCAAGCAAGGUCUGUCUGAGCAGCCUGAGGUGUCUGAUCUUGUGCCUUUGGAGAAGUCUAGUCCAAAGGUGCUCUCAUCUGUGAGUGUUAGGAGUAGGACUCCUGAGCCAUGCAUGCAGACCCCGGACUCUUCAGGGCUGCAGGAUCUCAGCCAGCAAGUGCCUGACACGGGGACGGACUGUGCGGGGCUAAGUUACAGCAGUGAUGAAGACCACCACCCCAGUGCCACAUUACACAGAGCUGGGCUCUCGACCACCCCUCCCUUGACUCUAAGCACAGACCGCAUUGACUUCUUCAGUGCCAGAGAGAAGUUCCAGGGCCUUUCUCAAGAGGGUCAGAUCCGUGGGACUUCUGAGCAGGCGGUGCAGCAGACACCUCGGGACAAAAGCCCAAGUAUAGAGACAAAGCGGCUACUUUCUGACAACCCUGUCAAAGAGGAGGAACAGAAAAAGGAGAGCUGCAGUGUCUCAGUCCAUAACACAGUUUCAGAAAAGGAGUCCAUACGGCACAGUGUAACCCCUCCCCCCCCUCCUAUCAGCCAACCUGUUUCCAGUAGCAGCAGUGAAGAAGAGGAGUUCACACAAGCCACAUCAGCGGAAGCUGAAAAGGAGAAGGUGGAGCAUGGGAAGGACCAGCAAAGCGACUGGCCAAAGGGCACCGUGCGCCGAGCCACCAGGGAGCUUGAGCAGAAGAUCAAGCAGGAGGUCUCCUCAGCGACACUGGUGUCCUCGGCCCCCGCGUGUCCCUCGCGACGCUCCCCCGUCAACACCAGCAGCAGAGAGAAAACUGAGGAGACCUCAUCCCACACACACCUCACACCUGAUCCAAGCACUGUGUCAACACGCCAUCACCAGCCUCAGAACAACACGGAUAAGGUGGAGAAAGAUGAGAGUCUUUCGGCUGAUGAGGACAGAACGGGAAGAGAGAGCGAGAGACGACUCCGGGAGGGAGAGCGCAUGAACACCGGCCUCACGCACUCAAGACAAAGCCAUUCCAUUUCAUCUAGCUCCUCUCUGGCCAUGGUUCUACAGCUGGAGGGAAUCACCGAGCAGGAGAGUUACACAGACUCCCACUGUCCGCCAGGACGCUGUCCAAAAUACAUGAGGGAAACCUGGGAGACCCUGAAAGAGCUCGGGGCGUUCCUCUGGCAGGUGAGUGGCUGCUCGGACAGGCGGCUCAGCCAACCGUGGUCCAGAAGGGAGCAUAGAAAGGGCCGGGCUGCGCGAGAGAGGACCAAAGAGGUGGAGGCUCGGAUCCGGCAGGCUGGCCUGACCCCACCCUCAAUGAUGAAGCGCUCAGCCUCGUUGGCCAAACUGGGGUCUUUGGAGCUCUCGCCUGUUGACCUGAGCGAGCUUGACUUAAGUCCUGUCUUACUCUCUGCUCCCACCAGUAAGCCACGUUCCCACUUGUUUAGUGAUGAUACCUCAAAAAAGAAACGCGUUUUGCCCCAUUGCACUCCUGCUCUCCCUUCCUUUUCUGCCUCUCUUGUUUCUUCCACUGGAUCUCAUAUGCUCGGACACGCAGAGAAUGAUGAUGAGACUGAAGAGGCAGAAUAUAGUGACUGUGAUGUCGUGCCCAUGCCACUGCCACUCUCCCCACCCUCCAAUCAGUGUUGGAGGCCGGAUAAUGCACAGGAGGCAGCAGGUUACGCCCCGUUGCCUCCUCCUGCCUUCAUACCUGUGGCAACACGCCAACAAUAUGGGAGGACACAUCCCCUGCGGAGGCUGAAGAAACGGACCAUUAACCCUUACCACACUAUGUGACUUUUAUUCUGUAUGUGUGAGUGUACGUGCGUUUGUGCCUGCCAGUGUGAGUUUGUGAUUAAAGAGAGAGUUCACCCAAAAAUGAAAAUUCUGUCAUUUACUCACCCUCUUGGUUAUCCAGACC